AUGUCAGGCAAGCGUCUGUUGGACGCUAUCCAAUUUUUCGAUGUCGCUAAAUCGGUUGCGACGAAACAUCUGGUGUUGCGUCAACGGCAACUAGAUGUCUUCACCAGGACCUCGUCCCUCACCAAGGGGAUUCAAAGGCAGACUGAGGGACUAAUUCUGACAGCUCAAGCUGCCGCUGCGUUGGCAAAGCGGUUUAACGAAGCUUCACCGCCUCAAUCCGCUCCUCCCCAAACCCAGACUUCAACCACACCCGAGCCCCAUGCGGGAACGAAUUCGGUGCCCCUCUCGCCAGACGAGGCAAAGAAAGCUCAACGACAAGCCGAGUUUCAAAUUCCAUCUUCUGCGGCGGAACAUACUGGAAGUGACAGCGCAUCGCCUUUGAAUGUGAGCAAACAGCAGGAUGUAUUCUACCGGCCGUCCCGGGAGUCGACUCCUGGGUUAUCGGGGCUUCCCAGGGUGAAGCUGCCGAAAACUGCCAAUAACACCGAGGUCAAUUUUGACAAGGCUGUCAAUGCGGACGUGUUUCACUCUCCCAUUGACACCGAGAGGCCAGUCUCCGAAGUUGCGACCGCCACGGACCGACAGGAUGUGCCAGAUGAAGUGAUGAAGGAUAUUUUUCACAGUCCCAGGGUUGCCCGGAUGCUCUCGCAGAAACCAGCUACCAGUAUGAACCGUGCAGACCGGAGACUUCAGGGUCCUUCGGCAGCCCUUUCCAACACCGAUACGGCUUCAGCUCCCACCGAGAAAAGCAAGCAGGCGGGGAAGGAAGAUAUGGAGAAGAUUGGGGCCAGCAUUGCUGAGGAUGUGACUCUGGAAGACCAACAGCUUGCAGCGGAGCUCAACAGAGGCGACACUUACAUGAUGACCGAAUCCCGCGUUCCGUCCUCCCGCUUGGGGAGAUUGUGGCAGUAUGGUGGUCUUGCCACUUCAAUGGCCUUCGGUGCUGUCGGCGAAAGCCUGCGAAGGGUGACCGGGAGUCAGCAAGACACUGGAUCGCUCAUGUUCAGUGCAGGGAAUAUGGAACGUCUGGUUGCCAAACUUUCAAAAAUGAGGGGUGCCGCUCUCAAACUGGGGCAAAUGUUAAGCUUCCAGGACAACAAAAUGCUUCCUGAGGCGAUUCACCAAGUACUCCAGCGAGUGCAGGAUCGAGCAGACUAUAUGCCAGCAUCACAACGGGAUAAGGUUCUGGCUGAUAACCUCGGGCCCAAUUGGCGGGAUUUGUUCAGCUCUUUUGAUGAGGUCCCCAUGGCUGCAGCUUCGAUAGGACAGGUGCACGGAGCGGUGCUCAAGAGCACUAGUCAGCCAGUAGCCGUCAAAGUCCAGUAUCCAGGUGUCGCUGAUUCUAUCGACUCCGACCUGAACAACCUGUCGAUUCUUCUCACGGCAUCGCGCCUUCUCCCUCGCGGUCUUUACUUGGACAAAACCAUCGCGAACGCUCGGACCGAACUCGGCUGGGAAUGCGACUACAUCCGGGAAGCCGAGUGCGGCAAUCGUUUCAAAGAACUCGUUAAGGAUGACCCCGUCUUCUUGGUUCCGGAAAUAAUCCCGGAGGCCUCGAGCAAGCAGGUCUUGACCAUGGAGCGCUUGGAGGGCAUCGCCGUCACCAAGGUCCAGGAUUUCACCCAAGCGCAACGAGACUGGAUCGGCACACAAAUCCUACGCCUGUGCCUUCGCGAAAUUACCGAGUUCCGGUUCAUGCAAACAGACCCCAACUGGACCAACUUUCUCUACAACGGAAAGACAAACCGGCUGGAACUCCUCGACUUCGGUGCGUCCCGCGAGUAUCCCGUGGACUUCAUCUCGAAGUACAUCCGCACGCUUAUCGCCGCUUCCCGCGAUGACCGCGACAGCUGCCACCGUCUCUCCAUUGAGCUGGGCUAUCUAACCGGCCACGAAUCGAAGGCGAUGGUUGACGCCCACGUCGCCUCCAUCCUCACCCUGGCGGAACCUUUCAUGGAUUCUUCCCCCGACGUCUACGAUUUCCGCGACCAGACUAUUACGGACCGAGUCCGGGAGUUAAUCCCCGUCAUGAUUCGGGAGCGGCUGGUGCCCCCGCCUGAGGAGACGUACAGUCUGCACCGGAAGUUGAGCGGAGCGUUCCUGCUCUGUGCGAGAUUGGGCAGCCAGGUCCGAUGCAAGGAGCUGUUUGCAGAUGCCAUUAAGAAGGCGGAUGAGACAGGUCUUGAUGUUGGAUUGGCUCGGAAGUAG